AUGGUUUCCCUCUACUGCAAGUGGGCUUCCCUGCCCUCAGUGCCCUUCAUCAGGGUCUGUGGCCACACCAACGUCACCCGCAGAGUGGUGGAGGGGAAGUUGGUGGAGGAGGGCAAGUGGCCCUGGCAGGUGAGCAUCCUGUUCAUGGGUGUGUAUGCCUGUAGCGGCUCCCUCUUCCAUGAGCAGUGGAUCCUCACGGCUGCGCACUGCUUGCAAAGAUCCAGGAAUGAAAGUGAAUACACAGUGAUAACGACGGGAAGCCAGAUCUUCACCCAGAACGACACUCAGCUCCGGGUCAGUGCCGUCGUGAUCCACAAGAACUUCAGCAACUUUGUGUCCAGGGAUAUUGCGCUCCUGAAGCUCCAGGACCCUGUCUCCUGGUCUCACAAGAUCCAGCCUGUCUGCCUCCCCUCGGGCCAGUAUAAGCCAGAGCUCGGCUCCCUGUGCUGGGUGACGAGGUGGGGACGAGAGAAGAAACAGGGUGACCCAAACGCUUCCUACAGUCUUCAGGAGAUAGCUGUCAAGAUCAUCAAGAACAAUGUCUGCAACCAGAAAUAUCAUUUCCUCCUCACGGAGGACCAGGAACACUUCCUCGGGGAGGACAUGCUGUGUGGCAGCUCACAGCAGGGUGUAGAAUCUUGUCAGACUAACUCCGGCAGCCCCCUCGUCUGCUACCUGAACAGCACCUGGAUCCAGAUGGGCUUGGUGAGCUGGUCUUUCACCUGUGGCCAGUUCCAGUUCCCAAGCAUUUACACCAGCACCUCCUACUUCACCUCGUGGAUCAAAAGCCAGGUGUCUGAUGUGAAUUUCAUCAGCCAGGCCCACCCUGCCUUCCUGAGACCACUUUUCUGCACCAGCUACAUUCUGCUGGUGUCUUUGAGUUUCCUGUGGCUCCUGUGA